UCGGCCGGGCGCGCACCGCCCGUAUAUAUGCCUACUUACGUGUUCGAAAACUGAAAAACUUUUUCGAAAAAAGAACAGUGGAAAGGAUUGUGCGUGUGUGUGUGUAGCCGUGGACGCGAGGCGGUUGUCUUUUGUUUUUGUGUUGCAACCUGUGAUUGUUGGAGCGAUGCGGCCUCGACGCGCGCUGGCGGUGGCGAUGCUACUCAUACUGCACAUGAGUGGAACCCUGAGUGAGCAGCCGGCGAGCGAGGGCGGCGGCGGCGGCGGCGGGGCGGGGGCCGAGGCAGGGGGGGCGGCGGAACCCUCCAGCGACCAGCUCGCCAUGGAGUCCUCGGAGCGGGAGACCCCGAGCCACGCGUACAACGGGCCCCCGCCCCCCGCGCCGCCCCCGCACAACCGCAGGCAGACCCCGCCGCAUCACCAGCCUCAUCAUCCGAUAGGUAUGCCUCGGAUCCCGAACCACCACCCGAUCCACUCGAAGCCGUUCGGCGUGGGCCCGCCGGUGGGGCACCACAAGAACGACCUGGGCCCGGUGUUCCGCGGCCCGCCCCCGCCGCCGCCCUCACCCCCCGCUGACGCCCAGACCUCUGCCAGCGACAAGGUGUUCAGUGGCGCCGGCGACGUGUGGCCCGCGCCCGCCCCGGACAUGCCCAAGAUUGUCUCUCUCGAUGUGAAGUGCGAGAAGAACGGCAUGAGAGUGUUCCUGAGCUUCGAUAAGCCUUUCUUCGGUAUAGUUUUCUCGAAAGGCCACUACUCGAACCACCAGUGCGUCCACUUGCCUCCUAACCUCGGCCGUGCGUCAGCGUCAUUCGAGAUAGGAGCCCACGCGUGUGGGACAGCCGGCAGCGGAGACCCGCGGUACAGAGGCGACGUGGCGGCGGCUGGAACAUACUUCGAGAACGUGAUCGUGAUCCAGUACGACCCGCAAGUGCAGGAGGUGUGGGACCAGGCGCGCAAACUGCGCUGCACGUGGCACGACCAGUACGAGAAGGCGGUCACCUUCCGCCCCUUCCCCGUCGACAUGCUGGACGUGGUGCGAGCUGACUUCGCCGGAGACAACGUGGGCUGCUGGAUGCAGAUCCAGGUCGGCAAGGGACCCUGGGCCUCAGAGGUGUCUGGACUAGUCAAGAUCGGACAGACCAUGACCAUGGUGCUCGCCAUCAAGGACGACGACGCCAAGUUCGACAUGCUAGUCCGGGACUGCGUCGCUCACGACGGUCAACGCGCCCCUAUACAACUAGUCGAUAGGCGCGGCUGUGUUACCCGACCGAAACUUAUGUCUCGAUUCACGAAGAUAAAGAACUUUGGCGCCAGCGCUUCCGUGCUUUCAUACGCGCACUUCCAGGCGUUCAAGUUCCCUGAUUCGAUGGAGGUGCACUUCCAGUGUACGAUUCAGAUUUGCAGAUACCGUUGCCCGGAGCAGUGCUCUGACGGCAGUAGCCCGAACGUGAUCGGUGGUCCUCACGCGGAGUACGGUCCGCCGCAGCUGGACUCGUACCCGGUGUCGGUGGAGGUGCGCCGCGACGAGCGCCGCGUGCGCCGGCAGCGCCGCGCCGCGCCCGAACAAGAGGUGGGAGUCAAUCGCGUCAUCCGCGUCGUGUCCGCCGGCGACCUCAACAUGGACGCCCCUGAAGAAAACUCCGCACAGAAGAUGGUCCCGACCCCUGGCCUCGUCUGCAUGACCACACCUGGAUUCGCCGCUACACUCGGCGCUCUACUAGCCACUUUAUUCUGUUCCUGCGCGCUAUCAGCUGUGCUGUUCCUGAAACUUCGCCCCAUAAACUCUCUGAAGAAGAAGACGGCGGCAGUCGCGACCGUGGUCCGGCCGCCGCCCCCCACCGCUACGCAUAUCAUAGCCAAAAGUCGCUUCUACUCGUAACAAUGAUGUCUGAAACAACUUUGUACAUAUUAGUGUCAUGAGACUGAAGUGUGUAAACCGUGGACAGUAAUUUAUUUAUUAUAAUAUCUGUGUGUAGUAAGAUCAAUUUAGAAAGAGUGAAAGUUGACGACGGUAACAAGAUAAUGUUGUAUGUUUGUACAAAAUUAAAUUGUAGUUUAGAAACUUGCCUCCAGUUGAAAAUCUCCAAUUUAUGAAUCGACGCUGUUUACUCCGACCCAGUAAGUUCUAUGAACUCGACUUUCUUAUAGAUUUAAAUAUAUUUAUUGAGGUUUGCUUCAAGCUAAACGGAAAACAGACUAAUGGUCUAAAAGAUACUUUUAGAAAAGAUUAAAUAUCGAUCGAAACAAGAUUAGCUAUAUUAAUUCUAUGAUGGAAUUAUUUUAUUGCUGACAAAAGCAUAUAAUUAUUUUAUAUUCAACAUUAUCAUCUUAUUUCCCAUGAAGUUUUUCCUGAAGCCCCUCAUUUAUUCUUAUACAGACUGUUCAUUCGCCAUUUUUGCUAUUUAAUUAUUUUUCUUAAGGUUCUUAAAUAAAGUAAUUUUCCGAACAAAUGAGUGUGAACACAAAAUAGUAUUUAAGUACAUCUAAUCUUCUGUUACCUCUUCUCAAAAUAAAUGUUUAAUUAAAUAUUCAUGAUUUUUAUAGAUUGUAAAUAAUUUAUUGAUGACAGUAUAAUAUUGGUAGUACAAAUGAGCAUUUUCUUAUUUAUUUACGAAACAAAAUAAAUUGAAAGAAGUGUAUUUUCGACAAGGAAUUUGAGGCCAUACAUGAUAAAGGAGCUACUGUGGUUGAUAAAUUAUACAUAUUUGUUAUUUUUUUGAGCAAGGGGCAACGGAAAAUAUAAACAUGGUAUAACAAUAUUUAGGUGAACCGCUAGCAUAAUUUAUUUAAAGUAACUUGUCAUUAGUGUUAAUUUUAUUUAUUUUAGUUAAGACGUUAUUGUAGUCAUAAAGACAUGAUUUAUAAAAUUAUUUAUUUAUUUGUGACAUCACCUGAGUACCUACCUCUUCUUCGAAUACAGAUAGUUAAAUAUUCUUCUUUGUUUAAAGGUUUUAAAUUCUCACAUCCGAUAUGAACUGUUAUGUUUUUAAGAUCAAAAUGUCAAUUUGAUAACUAUUUACAAAAUAAAAGAGUAUAAAGAA